AUGGAUGACACUAUAGAAUCUCCUGAGUCGCCCAAAGUGGAGAAAGGACUUCAAGUGUGCAGAAGCACCUCGACAGCACAUCUCAGGAGCUCGAGCUCGUCUCGGUACUCAGGGUCGAGUUUGAGUUCUGAUACUGGUUCGGUUUAUGCAGCGGAGGAGGUUGUUUUGGUGCGAUAUUCAUUUUCAGAUUCCGGAUUCGAGGACCAACAAGAUGAAAACCCUCUAAACAGGAAGCCAUCUGCCCCUUUCACAGCAUACCAAGAGCUAGCCCGGGUUUCGAAAGAAAAAGACAGAGAAGAAUAUCGAUCGUUUAUACGGACAGAGCCAGCUUCCCCCUUUGAUACGUAUCGCUCCAUUGCCAGGUUCGCAGCAAAGACGAGGAGAAAUCAGGAGACGAAACGCAAUGGAAACCAAUCACCCGACGAGAAUGCAAUACAGAAAUCACGUUCUCGACGGGGAGUCAAAGUCGCAGCACACCCAGGUGCUACUCCUCCGUUUCGAGUUCCUCUGCCCAUCAUAGUUAAUCAACAUACGAACCCUCAUACAGACCAAUUCAAGACCAUAUUUCGAUACAAUAAAGGCACGACUCGACCCCGUAAACCAGUCCAACGCCUAGAUCUGAAUGACCUGGAUACCUUCAACGGGAGCGAUUCCGCCACAAGUUGGAUUAACCGCUUCCACUGGCAAUUCAGAGACGCAGGACUCCGAUCUCUGACCCCAUCAGAAGUGAUCCAAGCCAUGGAUCUCUUAAGUCGGGGACCAGCAGCCAAGUUCAACUGCUCCGACUACGUGAUGCGCAAGGCUCUAGAUCGAGCCCGGGUGGGUAUUGCGACUGGAUCCGAUCUCAAAGAGUGUGUGGCGGCACUGCGGAGGGCAUUCCCCACGAGGAUGAGGGUGUUGACUACCACGAGCAAAUCCUUGGUGAGGGGGUGUGCGCAAGAGACGGGCUCAAAACCAGGGCGGAGAGAGUUGCAGCUUGAUAAGAGCCGGACGAUACCGCCGUCGAAAGCGGAAGCAACAGGCACCUGGCGAGAGCGUUUGUCAAAUCUCGUACAAAAGGCUCGCCAGAUAAAUAAAAGUAAUACGUCUACGGGAGUCUUUCAGGGAUAG